AUGGACCCCGUGAGCAAAGCCUAUGUCACCUUCUUGGCAGGCAAUAAAGACUAUGUGAAUGGAGUUGUGGGUUUGGCUAAGGGCUUAAGAAAGGCCAAGUCCCAAUACCCACUUGUCGUGGCGGUGCUUCCUGAUGUUCCCCAGGAUCACAGGGACAUUCUUGAAUCCCAAGGCUGUAUUGUCCGGGAGAUCGAGCCGGUCUACCUGCCGGAGAACCACCAAACCCAGUUUGCCAUGGCUUAUUAUGUCAUCAACUACUCCAAGCUUCGGAUUUUUAAGUUUGUGGAGUAUAGCAAGAUGAUAUAUUUGGACGGAGACAUACAAGUGUUUGAGAAUAUUGACCACCUUUUUGAGCUCCCCGAUGGCUUCUUGUACGCCGUCAUGGACUGCUUCUGUGAGAAAACAUGGAGCCACACCCCUCAGAACAAGAUUGGAUAUUGCCAACAAUGCCCGGAAAAGGUUCAGUGGCCUGCAGCUGAGUUAGGGUCUCCACCCCCGCCAUACUUCAACGCCGGCAUGUUUGUGUAUGAGCCUAAAAUCUCCACCUACAAUGACCUCUUGGCUGCCGUCCAAGCUACUCCUCCCACUCCAUUUGCUGAGCAGGACUUGUUGAACGUGUUCUUUAAGGAUAUCUAUAAGCCUAUCCCUUCCGAGUACAACUUUGUUUUGGCUAUGCUAUGGCGACACCCUGAGAAUGUGAAGCUUGAUGCACUCAAAGUUGUUCACUACUGUGCUGCGGGAUCAAAGCCAUGGAGGUACACAGGGGAGGAGGAUAACAUGGAGAGAGAAGACAUAAAAAUGCUGGUUAAGAAAUGGUGGGAUAUUUACGAAGACAAGUCAUCGGAUUUGAAGGCGGCUCCUGCUGUUGCUACUUUGCUUGACCCGGAACCACUCAGUGACAUUGUUCAAGGAAGAAGUGCCCCUUCGGCUGCUUAG